AUGGCACCCAAGCUGGCUUUUAUGGAUUUGUCCGUCGACUUGAAGACACUCAUUAUUCAACAUGGUCCGGUACAGAUCAAUCGGCCGACAGACCUCAAGAACGUCUGCCUCACCUGUAAACAACUGCACGAGAUCGCCGUCCGCCCGCUCUACUAUGAGGUCACCCUCGAUGUCGGCUCCGCAAGCGAUACGCGCCUCGCAGCCUUCCUCAACCCCAAUAACAUCGGCCUAAAGCAUGUCCGCAAGCUUGACCUCUACCUCGCAGACGUCUUGGACAAGUGCAACCAGCAGCAGCAGGCCAACUUUGCCAUACGUAUGAUCUUGGAACUGCUGCCAGAAAACCAGCUAGAGAAGUUCUCGUGGCAUCCUUGGUCGCCCUUCUCUGGCGACAACCUGGUUCUGCUAUACCGGAAGCAGAAGCGCAUGCGGUGGCUGGAGAGCAUCUCACUCGAUCGCAAUGUCCUCGAGGAUCUACAGAAGCUGCCGAACAUUGACAAGUGCUUUGAAAAUGUGCGCAAGAUAGGACUAUAUCCGGAUUCGCGAGAAGUACUUGACUUUUGUCAUUUCCUGCUCAAGAAUACGGCCGGUCGCAAGCUGGAGAAGAUCACACUGCAUGCCAGCUUCGAUGAGCUGGACCCGUCGAUUUCGAUGCGUGAGCUGAAUGAUACGGUCAACGAGCCGGGGCUUAUCACAUCGACCAUGUUCAGCCACAUGCAGCCUUUUGCAAAGUGCACGCCCAUUGCACUGAAGGAGGUUACACUACAGAAGCUUCACCUACGAUAUGCGUCAGAGACAUACUGCAAGCUGAUCGACUUUCAGUCCAUCAAGAGCAUUCGCAUCUUUGGAUGUUCUGGCGCUGACGCUCUGUUUGCAGAGCUCAGCAAGAGCACAAGGCUGCCGGACAAGCUUGAGACGUUGGAAGUCAAGCACGACGAUAACGCUGAGAACGACGGUCUAGGCGCGAUUGACGGCUUCCUGUGCCUAGUCUCUGGCAUCAAGACACUGACAUUGGACAUAACCUACGUCAAAGCUCUGCCAGCCGCUGCUGGUAUAGUGCGUCAUGGGAAGACGUUGGAGAGCCUCAAUGUGCACGCUAGUACGGGUCCCGAUAGCUGUGACCCGGAGCUCGUGUACGACUAUGCAUCCUUUGCCCAAAUCUGCAAAGAGUGCACACAGCUAGAGCAGAUCUCGGUGGCGUUCCCUGGCGUAAGCGUGGUUCGAAGCAAGAACGACAGCUUUGUCAACUUUGAGAACUGCCUUGGUGAUCUUCGUGAACUGGCGACUCUAAAUAUUACGACUUGGCCUACAAACAGCCCUUCGUCGACCAAACUUCCGCGCAAAAUCUAUGAGCACCUCCUUGCGGGACUGGCACAGCAGGGCUUUGAACGCAGCUCUACGCAUGCAAAGGAGCAGAAGCGGUCGUCGAAACUGGGUAUCAUCGCAUUUGGCUCAUCGGAUAAGGUCUACGACCGCGAGGAUAGUCAGAACCAAAUCAUAUUUGUCAAGGGCCGCCAAAUUGACCCACUUGGGAACGAGACGUCGACUGCAGUGCAGAUUGGGUGGUGUUUACGCAAGUUUGUGGAUGCUGGUUCCAAGUCUGAUAUUUUGGAUUUUUCUCUUACACGUAGCUCGCGGCCACCCACACGCAGCUCUCCUGACAGCGAUGACAGUGAUUGACAGACACGAAUUGUGGAGAGUAUGGACUGGGGUCAUACUGUGGUCAGCCAGUGGUAGCGAAGACGAUAGCAAGAUGUAAUGAUGAUAAUGUGUCAAUAUGUUAGAUAUG